GGAGUAAGACAAUAUCUAAGAAUAACUAAAUUCAAAUGGAUUGCCAAGCGACAGGAAACCCCAAGACCGGCCAGGCCACCGCCCAGUGUGGAGUAAAGGUGGGUGAUGAUCUGACCAAUGCACGUGCCGGUGUCUUUGCCUCCACUCCCGGCACAGGUGGACCGGUCACGAAGGGAGUCUAUGGAGCAGUGAAUGCCAAUGGACACGGCCUGUCCGUACAGCAUGGUCACAUCGAGGGCUUGGGCAGCACCACCACUUUUGCUGGCCAGGCUAAUCUCCACAAGGGCCCGGACUCCACUCUCAACGCCACCGGAUUCCAUAGCCACAGUCGCACUCACGAUCAGUUCGGGGGCGGUCUCAAUCUACACACCACGGCGGGUCACCAGGCGGCAGUGGGGGUCAGUCGAGUGCCGCAGUUCGAUGUGACCACCAUGCAGGCGUCCGGCAGAGCCAAUCUCUACACCUCGCCCAGUGGCAACCUGAACCUGAAUGCCACGGGCAAUGCCACACACCAUUUGAGUGGUCCUCGACGCGGAAAGUCUGAUUUUGGCACCGGUCUUAACUUACGUUACGAUUUCUGAUUUAUUGCAA